AUGGCUAAAAAGGAUAAAAAAGGAAAGAAAGGUGGUGACUAUUGGGACGACGAGUUUGAAGAUGACGCUCCUCAAGCUGAAGAAUUCGGUUCUACACCUGCCGCUGAUGAAUCUGCUGAAGCUACUCCAGGUGCAACUGAAGCCACUGAAGACGAUGUUGCUGGUGAUUUCAUGGCCACUUUGAGAAAGAAUAAAGAAAAGAAGGCUAAACAAACUGAUGAAAAACCAAAAAAUAGUGGUGCUUCAGUUAUUAAAUCUAAAAAGGAAAAGGAAAAAGAGAAGAAGGAAAAGGAAAAGCAACGUAAGAAAGAAAUGGCUGCAAAGAAAAAAGCUGCUACCGCAGGUAAUAAGAAAGACAAUUCUGCCGCUUCUUCAAAUGCCUCCACUCCAGCUCCUGAAUCUGCACCAAAAGAUGAACCAGAAGUUCCAAAAGCUGAACCAAAAGGUAAAGGUAAAAAAGUCCCAGCCGGUAUUGCUGCUUUAAGACGUCAAUUAGAAUUGAAAAAACAAGCCGAAGAAGAAGAACGUCGCUUACAAGAAGAAGAAGAUAAAUUAGCUAAAGAAGAAGAAGAAAAAUUGGCCCAAGAAGAAGCUGAAAAAGAAGCUGCUAGAGCUGCAAAGAAAGAAAAAGAAAGAUUAAAGAAAGAACAAUUAAGAGCUGAAGGUAAAUUAUUAACCAAAAAGCAAAAAGAAGAGAAGAAAGCUAUUGAACGUCGUCGUCAACAAUUAUUAAACUCUGGUGUUAUUGUUGAAGGUUUACAAAAAUCUGGUGAAGAAGCACCAAAACCAAAGAAAGUUGUUUAUGGUAAAAAGAAGAAACCAACAAAAGCUCAAGAAGAAGAAAAAGCUGCUGCUGAGGCAAAAGCUAAAGCCGAAGUCGAAGCCAAAGCUAACCAAGAUGAUGAAGAUGAAGCUCUUGUUGAAGAUUGGGAAAACAUGGCCUUGGAUGAUGAUGAACCAUUAGCCGAAGAUUGGGAAGCUGCUGGCAAUGAAGAUGAAUCAAAAGCUGAAGAACAAGAGGAAGAAAUUGCUGAAGUCGAUGAAGAACAAGAAGCUGAAGCUGAUAGUGGUGAAACUGAAGAAGAAGUUAAAGCUAAAGAAGCUGCUAAACAAAAAGCUGAACUUGAAGCUAAAGCCAAAGAAGCUGAACAAAAAAUCAAAGAAGUUGAACAAAAAGUUUCCAAGAGAAACCAAAAACAAUCAUCUUCAUCUCAAGCCGAUUUACGUUCUCCAAUUUGUUGUAUUUUGGGUCAUGUUGAUACUGGUAAAACUAAACUUUUGGAUAAGAUUCGUCAAACUAACGUUCAAGGUGGUGAAGCUGGUGGUAUUACCCAACAAAUUGGUGCCACUUAUUUCCCAAUUGAAGCUAUUAAAUCUAAAACUGCAGUCAUGGCUGCUUAUGAAAAACAAACAUUUGAUGUUCCAGGUUUGUUAGUUAUUGAUACACCAGGUCACGAAUCUUUCUCCAACUUGCGUUCCCGUGGUUCAUCUUUAUGUAACAUUGCCAUCUUGGUUAUUGAUAUUAUGCAUGGUUUAGAACAACAAACUAUCGAAUCAAUCAGAUUAUUACGUGAGCGUAAAGCUCCUUUUGUUGUUGCCUUAAAUAAAAUUGAUCGUUUAUAUGAUUGGCAAACAACCCCAAACAAUUCAUUCAGAGAUUCAUUUUCAAAACAAACUCGUUCAGUUCAACAAGAAUUUGAUGAUAGAUACACCCAAAUUAAAGUUGCUUUAGCUGAACAAGGUUUGAAUUCUGAAUUAUAUUUCCAAAAUAGAAAUAUGUCUAAAUAUGUUUCUAUUGUUCCAACUUCAGCUGUUACAGGUGAAGGUGUUCCAGAUUUAUUAUGGUUAUUAUUAGAAUUAACUCAAAAGAGAAUGUCCAAACAAUUGAUGUACUUGUCAGAAGUUGAAGCUACUAUUUUGGAAGUUAAAGUUGUUGAAGGUUUAGGUACCACCAUUGAUGUUAUUUUAUCAAAUGGUUAUUUGAGGGAAGGUGAUAGAGUUGUGUUGUGUGGUAUGAAUGGUCCUAUAGCGACGAAUAUUCGUGCAUUGUUAACUCCACAGCCGUUACGUGAAUUGAGAUUGAAAUCAGAAUAUGUCCAUCAUAAAGAAGUCAAAGCUGCUUUGGGUGUUAAAAUCGCUGCUAAUGAUUUGGAAAAAGCCGUUGCAGGUUCUCGUCUAUUAGUUGUUGGUGAAGAUGAUGAUGAAGAAGAAUUGAUGGAAGAAGUUAUGGAUGAUUUGACCGGUUUGUUGGAUUCUGUUGAUACAAGUGGUCGUGGUGUUACUGUUCAAGCUUCAACUUUAGGUUCUUUAGAAGCCUUGUUAGAUUUCUUGAAAGAUAUGAAAAUUCCAGUUAUGUCUAUUGGUUUAGGUCCAGUUUAUAAACGUGAUGUUAUGAAGGCAACAACCAUGUUGGACAAAGCUAAAGAAUUUGCUGUUAUGUUGUGUUUUGAUGUUAAAAUUGAUAAGGAAGCUGAACAAUAUGCCACUGAAAAUCAUAUCCAAAUCUUUUCUGCAGAUAUUAUCUAUCAUUUGUUUGAUGCAUUCACUGCUUACCAAAAUAAAUUAUUGGAACAACGUCGUAAAGAUUUCUUGGAAUAUGCCAUCUAUCCAACUGUUUUGAAAACUAUUCAAAUCAUUAACAAACGUAACCCUAUGAUUAUUGGUGUUGAUGUUGUUGAAGGUUCUGUUAGAGUUGGUACUCCAAUAUGUACUGUUAAAUUGGAUCCAGAAACUAAACAAAAGACAACAAUGGUUUUGGGUAAAGUUGUUUCAUUAGAAGUUAACCAUAAAUCUCUUGAAAUUGUUAAGAAAGGUCAAACAAAUGCUGGUGUUGCUAUGCGUUUGGAAAAUCCAUCAGCUGCUCAACCAGUUUGGGGCCGUCAUGUUGAUGAAAAAGAUCCUCUAUACUCUUUGAUUUCACGUAAAUCUAUUGAUACAUUGAAAGAUCCUGCAUUCCGUGACCAAGUUGCUAGAGAUGAUUGGUUAUUGAUCAAAUCUUUGAAACCAAUCUUUGAUAUUAAAUGAUGACUUUCCUUCUACGUUGUUUUUUUUAGUUGUGUUUUUUCCUUUUUAUUUUAUAUAAAACAGUACCAUAUUGUGUAUUAAUGCAUUCCAAGUAAGAAUUUUAAAUCAAAUUGUAGACUACACUGUUAUUGUUAAUAAAUCUAUAUGCAUUUUUUUGAUUAAAAUCCUUAAAUCUAAUUUACAAAAC